ACCAAGCCUGAGUGACGGACAGGUAAACGCAGGAGGCGCCAUGUUGAGUGAAAACGGAAGCGAGUGAUUGUGCAGUUUAAAGAAAAAGGCUGUGGUCAGUUCAGCGACACUUUAUGAAAACACAGAACCGAGUCUGGGUUUGAGGAGCUGAGCGUCCGAGCGCGGCCGAGCGGUUCAGUGGUCAGUCCAGGCUGGUGUGAAGGCUCUCCUCUCCGCGGGACUCUUUUAUUCGGUUCAGUGUGGGAAACAUGCCUCUGGCUCAGUUUGCAGAUCCGUGGCAGAAGCUGCCCGUCGGUCAUCUGGAGAACGAGGAUGACUCUAUGGGAGAUGAUGACGCUCCAGUGAGUGAUGAAGGUCCAGUGAAGGAGAUCAGCAUAACUCAUCACGUUAAAGAAGGAUCGGAGAAAGCCGACCCGAGACAGUUCGAGCUCCGCAAAGUCCUCGGACAGGGGUCCUUCGGAAAGGUUUUCCUGGUGAGGAAGUUAACAGGACCAGAUGCAGGACAGCUUUACGCCAUGAAGGUCCUCAAGAAGGCAACGCUGAAAGUGAGAGACAGAGUGCGGACGAAGAUGGAGAGGGACAUUCUGGUUGAGGUUAACCACCCGUUCAUCGUCAGACUGCACUACGCGUUCCAGACGGAGGGUAAACUGUACCUGAUCCUGGACUUCCUGCGAGGAGGAGACCUGUUCACUCGUCUCUCCAAAGAGGUGAUGUUUACGGAGGAGGAUGUGAAGUUUUAUCUGGCUGAGCUGGCUUUGGCUCUGGAUCAUCUACACGGCCUGGGGAUCAUCUACAGAGACCUAAAGCCAGAGAAUAUUCUUCUGGACCAAGAGGGUCAUAUUAAACUCACAGAUUUUGGUCUGAGUAAGGAGUCUAUAGAUCACGAGAACAAGGCGUACUCUUUCUGCGGGACGGUGGAGUACAUGGCCCCGGAGGUGGUGAACCGGCGAGGCCACACCCACAGCGCUGAUUGGUGGUCGUACGGCGUCCUCAUGUUUGAAAUGCUGACCGGGAUGCUGCCGUUUCAGGGGAAAGAUCGUAAAGAAACAAUGACCAUGAUCCUAAAGGCUAAGCUAGGCAUGCCUCAGUUCCUCAGCUCUGAAGCCCAGUCUCUUCUCCGAAAUCUGUUUAAGAGGAACCCAGGGAACCGUCUCGGAGCCGGUCCUGAUGGAGUCGAGGAGAUAAAGAGACACCCCUUCUUCUCCACGAUUGACUGGAACAAGCUGUUCCGUAGAGAAGUGACUCCGCCUUUUAAGCCAGCCAGCGGCCGGCCGGACGACACCAUCUACUUCGACAGUGAAUUCACCGCAAAAACACCUCGAGAUUCUCCUGGCGUCCCCCCCAGUGCAAAUGCCCACCAGCUAUUCAGAGGAUUCAGCUUUGUAGCAACAGGAGCAGAGAUGGAGAGCCAGCCUCCAAUCCAGACCAACACCAGCAUCAGCAGCGUACUGCAGCAUCGCAGCACGCUGCAGUUCACUGAUGUGUACGAUGUGAAGGAGGAUAUCGGUGUGGGGUCGUACUCCAUCUGCAAACGCUGCGUCCACCAGAUGUCCGGCAUGGAAUACGCUGUUAAAAUAAUCAAUAAGGAGAAGAGGGACCCAGCGGAGGAAGUGGAGAUUCUUCUGAGAUAUGGCCAACAUCCUAACAUCAUCACACUGAAGGACGUGUAUGAUGAUGGGCGUUCGGUGUAUUUGGUUACGGAGUUGAUGAAAGGUGGAGAGCUGCUGGAUAAAAUCCUUCGGCAGAAGUUUUUCUCGGAGAGAGAGGCCAGCGCUGUCCUCCACACCAUCGCUAAAACUGUGGACUACCUGCACGUUCAAGGGGUUGUGCACCGAGAUCUGAAGCCCAGUAAUAUUCUUUAUGUGGACGAGUCGGGGAACCCCGAGUCCAUCCGGAUCUGCGAUUUCGGCUUCGCUAAGCAGCUCAGGGCUGAAAACGGUCUGCUGAUGACGCCCUGCUACACCGCGAACUUCGUCGCUCCUGAGGUGCUGAAGAAGCAGGGUUAUGAUGAAGCGUGUGAUAUCUGGAGCCUCGGCGUUCUACUCUACACCAUGCUAACAGGAUUCACUCCGUUCGCUAACGGCCCAGAGGACACGCCUGAGGAGAUCCUGGCUCGCAUCGGCAGCGGGAAAUUCUCACUGAGCGGAGGAUACUGGAACUCCGUAUCCAACGAGGCUAAGGACCUGGUGUCUAAGAUGCUGCAUGUUGACCCUCAUCAGAGACUGACCGCCUCUCAGGUCCUGCGUCACCCCUGGAUCGUCCACAAAGACCAGCUGCCCAAAUUCCAGCUGAACCGGCAGGACGCCCCGCAGCUCGUAAAGGAGGCGAUGGCCGCCACGUAUUCGGCUCUGAACAGAAACACUUCUCCGAUGCUGGAGCCGGUGGGCCGCUCUACGCUAGCACAGCGCCGAGGGGUCAAAAAGCUGACCUCCACUGCCCUCUGACCUCAGACCUGGGCAUCCAGUGAGGAGCUGUGGACCAAAAUUUAGCAGAAAAAAAUGUUUAUUUGUUCUUUUUUUAUUUCUCUUUCUCCUGGUCUGUUUCUUCCAGCCUCUGCUGACAGGGAGUGAAAUCAGCAUCGUUCAGUGGAGUCACUGCUCGCACAAUCAUUACUGUCUCUGAAACCUGGAGCGUUAUGCAAAAACAUGAAAUCAGUCUAUUUUCUUUUAUUAUGAAAAAAAGGUUCUAGAAAUUUACUUUAUAACAGAAUUGUAUGUGAAUAUAAUGGGAUUUUUUUGUGGGUCCGGGUUCAAAAAGAGUGUUUUAUGCUGAGGAACCUGAGAAAUGUUCGGUUGUUUGUUGUUGUUGUUUUUUGGGAGCAUUUUUCUUGCUAUAGACACACUCCAUGUAGAAAUGACCAAGUCUGCUCGACCUGAACCCCUAAUCAUGAAAGUGCAGAGACUGUGCCAUUCGGAAACUAUUCCCAAAAAAUCCCUUAAGAGGAAAAAUAAUAGUCGCAGCCAUUAGCCAUCAUAGCAUUAUAUAUAAUAAAAGUAUAUAAUUUCAGAUUUCUGAUUUGUAAGUACCGUUUUAGCAAAUAUCUACCAUUUAUUCACAUUUAUUCACAAGAGAAAGACCAGCAGGUCGAGUCUCAGUGCUUCCAUGGCAGUACUUUUCCGUUCCUGUUUGUUUCCAUUAAAGUGGCCACUCCUUGGCAACUGAAUUGUACUGUAACUUCCAAUGGCAAAAAGUUUAAACGGCGUCUGUGAAAUCAAACUCUUCAGGCACAUGUGCACUCUGUCCUACUGUGUUUUCCAUGCGCGACCUCUGAAAACUAUUUUUUUGGAAUAUUUUUGGAUGAAAUAACUUUCCUUUGUUGUAUUACUGAGCUUCAUAAAGGUGUCUUAAGUGUUUUGGUCCAGGAGCUCAGAUAUAUUCUGCAAAAAAAGCCUGAAAAUCUGAUGUUCAGCGAUGCAGAAGAUGCUGAACAGUGCAUCAAACUGAAGGCCAAAGUAGCAAUGAGAGAAAAAUAAACACAAAAUGUAAAACCAUUUUAACCUCAGUCCCUUUAGCCCAGUGUUCUCAGACCCUGAGGGACCUUUAAAGGUGUACUUGGACCUUUUUCAGCCUAAGCUGUAUGUGCAGUGUCUGUAGUGCACGGCCGAUUUCUGCAGACGAUAAUUUCAACACGCCCCCCUGAACUUAGUAAGGAACGGAAAACCAGUUAGCAUGAAACGCGUUUAUAAUGGAAGUCAAUGGGCAGACGCUGAACUUGUGUGAAGAGAUGUGCGAACAACGCUGAUUAAAACCGCACUAUUCUGAAAAAAUAGCAGUCCUGGUUGGUUUAGCUUUCUCUAAGGUGUUCUGGUGUCCAUGGUGAUCAGGAGGCUCCGCCCCCCACCACUGACUGCUUAUGAAUUAGCAUGUAUCCUUCCCUUUGGAAAGCUAGUUCUAAUUACCAUUAGAAAGAACUGAUUGGACAGAUUUACAGCUCAAUUUUAAAGAGUCGACAGAAGAAAUUAAGGUUUUUUUUACACAAAUUCGGAAGCCCUAGAGGUCCAUUAGUUUGUUUUCUCAUGAUCCUGUGUUAUGUCAUUACAGCACAAAGAAAUGUUUUCAUAAGAUCUUGAUGCCGUUAUCUCAACAUAACGAAUGUUAUCUCGAUAAAACGAUGUCCGUUUUGUUGCGAUAAUAAAAUUAACCCGAAAUUUAGAGAAAACAGCCUUUGUUUUGCCGCAAUGACAUAAAUAUCACAAGAUCUCAAGAAAACAAAUGGAACAAAUAAUAAACUCAUAAACUCAUUAUCAUGGGAAGACUGAGUAAAAAAACAUGCAAAUCCAAAUACAAAUAAUAACGUUUGGCAUAAACGUUUACUGCCCAUUGACUUGUAUUAUAAGCCUUUUUGAUGCUGCUAUGUUUCCUCUUGUUUUCUAAGUUGGAAUUGAAGUUACUGUCCGUGCUAAUCGCUCGUGCGCUACACGUACAGCAGGUGGAGACCAGGGUGGAAAAAUCUGGACUAUUCCUUUAACUCUCCAUCAUCACUCCUUUCUGUCUUCUUUCCGCCGUUUAAAGAAAAAGGGAAUAAGUGUGACGUGUGUUCAUCAGAUUUGAUACUAUAAACUUUUCCAGUGAACAGACUUUUUACAGAGAGACGUUCAGAAUGUAUUUUUGUACACGUGUUCAAGCUCUUUUCUACUCCGGUGUGUGAGUGAGUGGGUGAGUGGGGGUGCAGGUGUUGCGUUUGGCCUGGAGCUCCUGCAGAGAGCCUUAACUACUGCUGUCGAUUCUUCCAUGUGGGUCUGAAAGCGGUCUUAUUACUACUAUGAUGGGAAAUCAAACGUUAUAAAGAAUAACCAUAAUAAAAUCUUUAAGUAUUUAUCAUUA